AUGAAAAGUGAGUGGUUCGAGGAAAAGGGCAAUAGCUCCCAAGGCAAUGAGCACGCCAAUGUAGGCUCGUCUCCACUUCCUCUCAGGGUCCAAGAUGUCGAAUCCCUCGAAAAUGUUGGCGAUGCUGAGGGCAAUGACGGAGUAGCCGAUGGAAUGGUGGUAAAUGUUCCAGAAGAUCCUGUACUUGUGGUCGGGCUUGGGCCUGAGGAGGAGGGCAAACGCCUGAAGGGUGCCCAGGACGAAAAGGGUGAUUCCAAUGUUCCUGUGGGUUGUGCGCUCGAUUCCAGGGGAGUCGCUGCCUAG